CUUGCUGGCGGCGAGGCAGCGACAACAAGGUAGCCACCCCCGCAGCAUGCCUCGACCGCGGUCCGCACCGCCUUCCCCCGACCCCCAGGGUGCGCUGGUCCCGGUCGCGCGCUCCGCCCUCCGCAUCCCAGGUGUGGUCGGUUAAAUCCCCACCGUGACCUAGGCCCAGGGAGCUAGUCUCCGCCCUUCGCUCUCCGGAUUACCCUUGGAGUGCGCCGCACCAUGCCGCUCAGGCUCUUCCGGCGCCUGCUCCUCACCGCUUUGCUGCUGGUGAUCGUCUGGACCCUCUUCGGGCCUUCGGGGUUGGGGGAGGAGCUGCUGAGCCUCUCACUAGCCUCCCUGCUCCCAGCCCCCGCCUCACCGGGGCCGCCCCUGGCCCUGCCCCGCCUCUUGAUCCCCAACCAGGAAGCUUGCGGUGGUCCCGGGGCUCCUCCCUUCCUGCUCAUCCUGGUGUGCACGGCUCCGGAAAACCUGAACCAGAGAAACGCCAUUCGGGCCUCGUGGGGCGGGCUGCGCGAGGCCCGGGGACUCAGAGUACAGACGCUAUUCCUGCUGGGAGAGCCGAACGCACAGCACCCCGUGUGGGGCUCCCAGGGGAACGACCUGGCCUCGGAGUCAGCAGCCCAGGGGGAUAUCUUGCAGGCCGCCUUCCAGGACUCCUACCGCAACCUCACCCUCAAGACCCUCAGUGGGCUGAACUGGGCUGAGAAACACUGCCCCAUGGCCCGAUACGUCCUCAAGACGGACGAUGAUGUGUAUGUCAACGUCCCCGAACUGGUAUCAGAGCUGGUCUUGCGAGGGGGCCGUUGGGAGCAAUGGGAGAGAAGCACGGAACCCCAGAGAGAGGCUGAGGUUGGAAAUGAACAGCAGGAAGGAGGCCAGGCCUUGCACAGCGAGGAAGUGCCUCUUCUGUACCUGGGCCGGGUGCACUGGCGAGUAAACCCCUCUCGGACACCAGGGGGCAGGCACCGUGUAUCAGAGGAGCAGUGGCCUCACACCUGGGGCCCCUUCCCACCCUAUGCCUCAGGCACAGGGUAUGUGUUGUCAGCGUCUGCUGUGCAGCUUAUUCUCAAGGUGGCUAGCCGGGCACCCCCUCUCCCGUUAGAGGAUGUCUUUGUGGGGGUAAGUGCCCGAAGAGGAGGCCUUGCCCCAACACAGUGUGUCAAGCUGGCUGGUGCCACCCACUACCCACUAGACCGGUGCUGCUAUGGGAAAUUCCUGCUGACGUCCCACAGGCUGGACCCCUGGAAGAUGCAGGAAGCCUGGAAGCUGGUGGGUGGCUCUGACGGGGAAAGGACUGCGCCCUUUUGCUCCUGGUUCCAGGGAGUCCUGGGCAUCCUGCGGUGUCGAGCAAUAGCCUGGCUUCACAGCUGAGAGUGCCUGGGGCCACAGGAAAGGCAGGAACAGGACCUUCUCUCUCCCAGGCCCAACGCAGGGGCCCUCACUGGCUGAAGCUGAUCUGUUUCCUCAUACCAGAUCCUCAGUCUCACUAAAGACAAGGAUAUGGGAGACACCCAGGGGCCUGGCCCGCCAGCCUGAAAGAUGGUCAUCAGGAAGAGAAAAAGAAAAAAAUGCUGCAGCUGUUCUCUCAAGCUAGGGCAGAAGAGGGCUGUCAAGCUCCUCAAUAAACUUGUCUCCAC